AUGGAAUACGACCACGAUGAUUCAUAUACGCCAAGACGGGUUUUUGGUAAAACAUUUCCUGUGAAGGUGACACCGGACAUGGUGUAUGAUCAAGUUCUUAAAAGAUCUUUGACCAAAUGGGCUAACUAUGAUAGAACAUUUUGCCCUGAUAGAGGUUACGUACUUGUUUACCCAGAUGGUCAAUUGGCACGAACAAUUCCUGGUGGGGACGAAGAAUUCGUGAUGGGCAAGUACAAAGAAGAACUUGGGAAAGCGUACUCAAGAAUAAGUUUGUACCUUUGCCCUGUAGCACCAAAACAGAAAGUGAGAGCGAAUGAUGUACUCAUCACUGAUCUACUUACCGAAAACGACGAUUUGGACCUCAAUAGUGAAUUACAAGAAGAAGUGCCAGAAAAUUGUAAUGGAAAUUUGGCAGUAUCUCCAGAAUCCAGUGGAAAUGGACCAGUUGGAGUUGAUGAGAAUGCUGCUGUAAAACAGGCCAUACGUAAUAGCUUGUCUAUGCAUGUCGAUGUGGAAGAUGCAGUUGGUGAUGCUAUCACUGACCCUGAAAUUCUCACAAGUGAUGGUUUCUUGAAUGCAGUUAAAGAGCAUGCAGCAAACAAAAUUCAAGGAGACCCUCGAAACAUUGUUGUUAGCCGAUUAAGCAUAUGGCGAACUGCGCUACCAUAUUUUAGAAGGAAAGGCUUCCUUAGUUCUGCUGGCAUUUUGAAAGUAUCAUUUGCUACAUUUGAAGAGGAGGAAGAUGCCGUAGAUCAAGGUGGCCCAAGAAGAUAA